GCGGACAACAAUGGUGCUAAAUGUGGACCUACAGUGCUCAAAAUGCUACAAGAAGAUCAAGAAACUUCUCUAAAAAAUUAGCAGCUAUGGCCGAAAAGGUGACAACAAUGUUGCUGAAUGUAGUGGAUCUACAGUGCUCAAAAUGCUACAAAAAGAUCAAAAAACUGCUCUGCAAUUUUCCUGAAAUACGAGAUCAGGAGUAUGAUGAGAAGGCAAACAAGGUGACAAUUAAGGUGGUGAGCUGCUGGCCGGAGAAGAUCAGGGACAAGUUACGCUGCAAGGGUUGUGGAUGCAUCAAGAGCAUUGAGAUCGUAAAGCCAAAGCCGCCUGAGAAGCCUAAGCCUCCGCCGUCUCCGCCUAAACUACAUGUAGAUCUGCAACUUUGGGGGUUUUGUUGUUUUAAAUGCUACAGCGGAAGGCUUUGGGGCCCAUGUUCCUGUGGUGGGCGAGUUCCAAACGAUCCGUGUUAUGGGAGACCCAUUUACGACCGCUGGUGCGGGUAUGGAAGCGGUUGUGGAGAAACUCAACCAGGCUGCUCAAUCAUGUAAAUCCUAAUAAUAAGAUUGUGUUUGGAAUCCAGCCAAGUUAAAUUCAAUAAUAAGUAACUGUUGUUUUACAAAUUAAAUUUAGAAUUUAAUU